UCCGUGAGGACGACGGAGAGGAAGAAUCAGCAAGACAAUCCAUCGGCGAGAUGCUUCACCGGAGGCCUGCGAGGAGUCUCCAGCGGACCGACCCGAGACGCCGCCCCAUAUGCGCCGCCGGGAUAAUCGCCGAGCGGCCAGGGGAUGCCCGUCGACGACGCCGCCGCCGUCUUCUGCGAGAUUCUCUUCACCCCGUCACCCCUGGCCCCCGUCUACCAGGUUGAGAAUCCCAUUCGCCCAGCCCUGGAGCGAUCUGCUCGACACCGUCGCGCCCCAGCUCGGCCUGACCACCCGCAUCCCCUUUGACGAGUGGCUGGCCGCCGUCGUCCAGGCCGCGGACACCGCAGGCAGCACCCGGGGCUAUCCCGUAUGGAAGCUCCAGGCCUUCUUUACGCGUCUGUUCCAGCCCGCCGUGUGUGGACACGUUAUCCUAGCUACCGAUCGGGCCCGGGCGUGCGCGCCCACUCUACGGCGGAUGCGCGCCGUGGAAGACGAGGUGGUGCUGCGGUUUGUGCAGCAUUGGCGGGAGAUUGGGUAUUUUGAUUAGAUGUGCGGGAGUAAGGAUGACUAUUAUAUAGCGGAAUUCAUCACGGGAGCCGCUUUGUUUUGUCUGGUGUCGCAUGAUUGAGAAGUAGA